GGUCUCUGCUCAGCCUGUGGGGGAUGGGGAAAUGGCAGGCACUGUCUUGUGUAUCUGGUGAAGAAUAAGACAGACUUGGACACACACCCACAUUCUGGGGUCUGACCCAGCUAGCUCCAGGAAGCUGUGUGUCUCAAGCUCUGUCCCACAGGGUCUCCAUGGUUCCUUACUGCCUGUCUGCUAUUUCUCUUGUUCUUUCUCAGGGGGCGGGGCACCUCCUGGUGCUUGUAGACUCUGGCUUCUGUGUACUUCCUUAGGUUAUCUGGACAGUUACUUCACAACCAUUUGGACAAAGCAAGCUGCUCUGGCCCUGACAUUUUCUGCAAGGACACAAUCUGCUGUCUCCCUACUGGAGAUGUGAGGCGUCUAGGGGACCCUUGCUGGGCCCUAGAGAAAGAGGAUUCCAGCACUGGGCUGCCGCUGGAAUCAUGCCAAGUCCUUUGGCGGUAGGAGGGACCUAGAUGUUUGGGGCAAGAUCAGUAGAGAGAAGCGCCAUAGGAAAUCUGAACAUCCAGGCCUGGGGGGGACUGGGCCAGCCACCAGGAGAGAAGUGCUAUAUAAGGCCCUGGAAUGGGAGGGAAAGGGAGGAAGGUCACGGAAGGAGCCCAGUCCAGGUCUUCGGACCUGGUAGGUAACUGUGUUUGAGGGGAGGGUGAUGAGGGAGUGGCUGCUCCAGGAGGAGGGUUGUGUGCUUUGGGGAAGCCCUUGAACUUGACCCUGGGAGAAGCAUGAAGUCCUGACCCUUGUGUUCCCUCCUGGGCUUCCAGAUCACCAGGAGCAGGACAGGGAAGACAUCAUCCAAGAUCCCUCAAAACCCCUAGCCAGGGGACACUCAUCCAAGAAGGUAGACGGGGGCCAGGUCCAAGGCAGGUUCAGAGCAGACCAAGAGAGCCUUCCUCCACCCUCCAGCUUUGAGGACCCAGGGUCUCCUGCACACUAGGGAAGUGCUCUACCUCUGAGCCACAUCUGCAGCCAGUCUCUCAUGGAAAAAUGAGCCCCUCAGUGCAGAGGCUUUGAGCCAUGUGUGUGGGGGGGAGUCACCCAAAACUCCAUCUCAUCAUGUCUGCUCACCUCCCCAGCUCUGUUUGGCACACAGUCCUCAUGGCUCUGGGGACCUGCAGCUAUGAAGCAGAAAGAACGAGAAAGAAGCCAGCCCUCCUGUCACACCUGUAGCUGUGGCAAGAGUCCCCAGAAGUCCUUUAGCAGCUGCCCUUUGUGUCUGGCCUGUGUCACAUGGUCACUGUUAGCUUGAGCAUGCUCCACACCAAGGAUCCUGAUGUUCACUGUCCAAGAGGAGAAUCAGGCUUGGGGGAGGGGCAGAGGAGUGGCCUCUGUACCAGUGAACACAGGUCAGGGACCUUGGGAGCCACUGUGCUGCUGUGACGAGGUCAGGGUCCAAAACCCAGCUGCUGAGGAAAGGAAGCUUUGGGAGCCACAGGCAUCUCUGACAGGCCUCACGGGGACACCUCACAGAAGUAUCGGUUCAUUCACUCCUCCUCUCGAGACACUGACAAUGUACGCCUGUACAUUCCAUGUCCACCAGUCCAAGAUCCCAGGGACAUGCCUGCCAUAGCUGAACCAGUCAGGUGUCCUCAAGGAGGGAGAAGGCUCACCUUGGGAUCAUGGUUUUAGUGGGGGUUUUGGGAGAUGCCACUGAAGGACCUGGUCUUUGGUGAGCUUGGUUGGAGGAGUGUCUACAGGGUCUGCAGAAACCUCCGGAUGGAUCUGUGCAGAGGUGACUCCAUACAUCCUGUGUCUGCAAAGAGACAGACAGAGAGGGGACAUCCUCAAAGUUUCAGUUGCUCUUGAAGGCUGAAAGGGAGCGGCCCUCUCACAGGAUGAUGAACACCCGUACACCACUCUCUGCCUGCUUCUCAAAGUGAGGUCACGGUACAGGGCUCCCCAAUUAGCUGUGUCCCUAUGGGUGUGCGGGUGUUCAUGUCUGUUUGUGGAUGUCUAUCAUGUGUGUGUGUGUGUGUGUGUGUGUGUGUGUGUAUUUGAAAACUGGACAAGAGAGGCUAUAACCUGCCAUUGCUCUCAGACGUGCUGAAACAUCAGAGUUUCAACUGUAGGAAGAGACUUUGAGAGGCCAUGGUGUAGUCAGUGAUGUCAGGAACUGGGGACCCAGUCAGAGCCCCUAACCAUCGAUCCUAGCCACAGUAGAGAUGGUCUCCAAGCAACCUCCCACAGUAUUUGGGAGCCUUGACUCACCUGAGAUUAGCUGCAAGAACACAGGGGUGAAAAUCCUGGUCUGAGGCCAUGUGGAUGUGGUUGUGCCUCUUCCUUUAGCUCAGCUAGGGGAAAGCAGAAAUCAGGAAGACCUAAGUGCGACCUCAUUUCCACCACUCACAAAGGUGAGUCCUUUCCACAAAUCUGAACCUCACUCCUCUCCCUGGAAAACAAGAACAAAAAUACUGGCAUUGUUGUGACAGUCUUUAAGGCAUCUGUGACCAUGUGUGGAAAACACCUAAACAAAAAUCUGAAUCGGGGUCCCUGGACUCCAAACCCACCCUAGUGACAAAGGUCAUAGGUCACACACAGCCUAAAACAACUGUGUAAAAUUCUCCCCAUCUCUCUGAGUGGGUGUCAAGGCCACAGUUGGGUCUCAGUUCCAAGAUAGGUCAUUAUGGGUCUGCAAAGCCCCUGGAAGGGAAAGGCACGUUCCUUCUGGAGGGGACAAAGACACCAAAGUACCCUUGUGGAGACCCCUAUGAGGCCUGUGUCAUUAGUGCUGAUCUGUUUUGGUGUUCUUGUGAGUGCAGUCCUAUACUCUGCUCAUGCCAGGCGGUCAUAAGACCCCAGCCCUCUGCAUAAUAAAGGGGAGGUCUGUCUCUGCCCCCAAGGCAACAGUCCUAGGCAGGCGGAUGGAUCCAAUUUCAGGAUGAGUAUUUUCCCCCAGGGAGGGCGUUCGGGUGGGCAGCUCUCAUGGGAUUUGUCACACUAAGCGCAAUGACCACACGGCAACCUGAAAACAAGAAGCUUCCCUCUUGGUGCCCUCUCAGGUCCUGCCCCAUGGAUAUCUUCUUGGCGGCUUUUAACCUGAGCCUUGGUUCUCUGCUCAACUAUACCUACAAGGUUGCUUUUGGUCACCAUGUCUGUCACAGCAACCGAAACCCUACCUCAGCCAAUAUCAGAAAGACAGAAGACGGUAAUUGAGACUGUUACCCCAGACUUGGCCACUUUUCUUCCUCUUAAAACUGAUGGAAAAUAGAAACCCAAAUGCCUCUGGGCCGUGAGUGAGGCUGCAGGCCGUUUUGCCUGCUGUCUGUUUCCUGCAGCUGCCCAGAGCCCGUUCCCUUCCUGGCUGGAGCUCACAGGGCAGCAUCUGAGAGCAAGAGAGCCGACACCACCCUGGCUUUACGAUGACUCCACCCUCACUCACUCCCGACCCACCAACUGGCAAGUCUAGUUCACAGUUUACAGACAGAGGACACCAGGGAUCUCUAUGCAGAAAAGAGGAGAGCUCCAAAUGUCACCAGAGAAUCCCUCAGAGCAGACUCUGUGUGGAGGGCAGCCAUGCACAGCUCCGCAGCCCAUGAGGCCUGAGGCCCAGAGCAGGUGUCUGCCUGUGUCUCAGAUGUGCGGCUGCUGACUGGGUCCACACAGGGAAGGAGGGCUAGGGGCUAGCCAUUCCUGCCGACAGGAAGAUUCCUUGCCUGGGCAUCUGAAGAGCACUGAGAAAAACCUGUUACCAUCCUGUGGCCUGCCCCGAGGACCCAGAAGAAAUCAUGGCAAAACGAGUGGGACUAUGCUUUGUUGAAGAAGUCACUGAUUAUCUCACGGACACCCUCCUCAGAGAGGAUCUGAAGCGGCUGAUAACUGAAGAUCGAUACUGGAAGGCAUUUGUGGAGGCAGCAGAGUUGUCAAGAGAGGAGGAAGCUGCCCUGCGUGCUGCACUGAAGGGACAUUUAUCACAGGAGCCCGCAGAUAAAGAUGACAGGUGUCAAUGGGAGCUGCAGAGAAAGAGGUUCCUGGAAGUAUUCCCUUGGUUGAAAAGCAAACUUGAAGAAGACAUCAGGAAGCUUCACGGGCUGGCUGACCACCUCGACGAGGUGCACUGGGGCUGCACCACCUCCAAUGUGGUGUCCAGCUCUGCUGGCAUUGGCGCUGGAGCCCUGUACCUCUGUAGUUUAGCUCUGACACCCGUUACAGGAGGGCUCAGUCUGGUGCUCUCAGCAACUUCCUUGGGGCUGGGAGUGGCAGCAUCUCUAAAUAGUCUUACAACCACCGUUGUGGAAGAAUUAAACAGACUGUCAGAUGAGUCUGAAGCCAAGCGCCUGGUGGGAGCCAGCAUGGAUACUCUGGAAGAGAUUAUGAAGAUCACGCCUAAAAUGAGUGUCAAGCUUUAUAAAACACCUGGAGAAGUUGUUGAUGACUUGAGGUCCCUCAGGGUUCAUAUCCAAGCUCUCAGGAUAGCCAGAGCCAGCACUCGCUCUGCCCAAGGUUCUAGGCAGGUGGGAAGGGCUUCAUCCAGCUCUCUUCUCCCAGUGACCAGGGGAGCCAGGAUUACAGCAGCGAGCUUUACCAGUAUCUUCCUUGUGUUGGAUGUGUAUCACCUUGUGAAAGACUCAAUGCAUUUGUAUGAUGGGGCAAAGACAGAGUCGGCUGGAGCACUUCGGAACCUGGCUCACAAGCUGGAAGAGAGGUUACAUGAAUUUAAGAAGAUCCACAAGGCUCUAUAAUAAGACCUGCCUCAGUGACCCCACCCCAGGCUCUCCAGGUGGCAUGGGCUCUGUUUGUGUUCUUGCAGUUAGAGCUAGAGGUGUCCUAAUCACCACCAUAUGAGUCUGUAGCCCUUUCUGGAGAGUUGAAGGGUCUAGAAAUGUUCUGUUCCAUUCCUGGGUUUGGUCAUGAGAUGCCCGUCAUGGUUGGCUUGUGGCCCAGGGGACAUUUACAUGGUCCUGCCUCUCACUGUGUUUCUCUCCAACAAGUGAAAGUCAUGCCGAUGAAAGAGGAAGAAUAAAAGUUAGAAAAGUUUGUUUUA